CGUGGCUUAGCUCCCUGAGCCUCCCUGAGCCUACCUGGCACUAGCACUCUCACUCCCACUCUUGCUUCAAUUCCUCCGUCCCAAUCAAAUCGAGUCUUCGAGUCUUUGAAGUCUACUCUUGUCGUCCAUGUCCUCGUUAGCUGGCGCACUUGACCCGGUGGACCAAGGGCUCAAGGAAGAGCCACCGCUUGAUGACAUUGACAUGCCUGCAGAAGGCGUUCUGGCAGACGACGAUGCAAGCGACGACCCCAAGGUGCAAGAUGAAGAGAUGCAAGAUCUCUUUGGCGAGGCGGACGAUAACGUCGAGGAAGUCAAGCACAACGAAACUGCAGCGGUAACACCGGCAUCGUCUGAGCCCGCGGAGCAGAUGGAUGGGAUCUCCUCUUCGGAGCGGCGGCAUAGGGAGGCAAUGGAGUAUGCUGAGGAAGAAGACGAGGAGCAGCCCCCAGAACAGAUCCUACUCGAGGCCACAGCUGCCAUACCCAACAUCCCAGUACCUCGGAGUUCUGACGGCAACUACUGGGUGAUUCGCAUGCCGAACUUUGUCAAGGUCGACUCCAAGCCGUUUCACCCAGACACGUACAUUGGCCCAGAGGGCGAAGACGAGGACGCGCAGGCUGCAGAGAGUGCGCGCGAGAAGAGCAUGACUAUCAAGCUCAAAGUGGAGAACACCGUCCGGUGGCGUUGGGUGAAGGACGAGAACGGGCAAGACCGGCGACAAUCAAAUGCGCGGAUCGUCCGUUGGUCAGACGGCACCCUCUCACUACUCCUCGGCAAGGAGCUCUUUGACAUCACGCAGACCAUCGACACCUCCGGGGCAAUCCCGCGGCAGGCCUUUGGGCCAGGCACACAAAACCAGUCACUAUCUCAGUCUCAGUCCCAGGGCACGGCCGGCCCCUCCAAGUCGCAAGGCCUCACCUACCUCGUCGCGCAGCACAAGCGCGCCGAGAUCCUGCAGUCCGAGGCGCUCGUCACGGGCUACAUGUCCCUGCGGCCGACGGGCAUGCAGAGCAGCACGCACCGCAUGCUCGUGCGCGCGGUCGGGCAGAAGCACACGAAGGUCGCGCGGCUGCGGAUGGCGCCCGACCCGGUCAUGGACCCGGAGCGCGAGAAGCUAGAGAUGAUGAAGGCCGCGUCGCGCAAGCCGCGCCGCCCGCGCGGCGAGGGCGACGACGGCUUCGGCGGGCGCAAGCGGCGCAGUGGGUACACGCGCAGGAAGACGGGCGACGAGAUGUGGAGCGACGAGGACGAGGACGAGGCGGUGUAUGGGGGUGGGAGUGAGGACGAGUACGGCGAGGAGCCAUCCAGCGCGCGGAAGCGGCGGAAAGGCGAGAAGGAGGACGGGAAGAAGGGCCCUGGGGAGUAUCAGACGGACGACUUCGUUGUCGCGGACUCAGACGAGGAUGCAGACGCGUACGGUUCAGACGAUGCUGCUGUCUCGAAAAAGCGCACCAAGCGCCACCGGGAGGAGCGGGAGCCAGCGGAGGAGGAUAACCUGGAACGGAUGGAGAAGCAGAUUGAGGAGGAAGAGCGCAGACGCAGGCGGGACGGCGGCCCCGUUGGCGCUGACGCUGACAAGGAGGCUAGCAUGGACGUCGAGAGCGAAGAGGAAGACGAGGACGGAGCGGUUCGCAGACGCACGGCAGGUGGCUCGAGGAAGAAGAGAGUGAUUGAGAUGGAAGAAGAGGAAGAGGAAUGA